AUGGAGGGAGAGAAAUUUGAUGAAAUCUACAUUCAGCAAUGGCAGCAGACUAUGUCACGAUGCCGAAAGAGUCUUGAGCGUUAUGACCUCAAGCAGGUCGAAGAGAUUGAGAGUCCGCAAACUGUGCGACAGAAGAUCAGCGAGUUACGCAGUGGGUACUCCGACAAUGCUGCCUCAUCAGAACUUGCGAUGCUGGUACCCAGUCUCGCACAUCUGGAAAAGCUAUCUUCAAGCUUUGUGACUAUGUUGGAAUCUCACAUUUCUGUUUCGAUCUUCUGGGGACUGUUGUGGCUGGAUAUUAGACUGGCCUCUCAAACAGAAAACGCCCUAUUCCGCGUGGCACGAAUGCUAAAGGUGUUCGGCCACAAGGCUGAGCUGUUCAACGGGCACAGUAGCUCGGCCGACCUUCACCAUAAGAAAGAGAUUGCUACAGAAGUGCAUAUGGAAUUACUCCUUUUCUUGAGCGAAGUCGUGAAGUUCUUCAGGGGUGGCACUUUCGACCAUAACGAUGACGAAGCUUGGCGGCCUUUGAACCAGCAAUACAAAGUCACCAUUCAAGCCAUCGACGAAGCCUUCGGGCGGAUUGAGCGCCUCUCAAAGCUUGCCAAAUGUAAUCAUCAAGCCGAAGAGCUCGCCAAAUUCCAGAGUUUGCUCUCAAUCACACCCGAAACGUUCUCUGAAAACGUCAAGCUGCCUUGUAUCGUCCUUCCUGCUGUCAGAAACACCCGCUUCUUCGAUCGCGAUGCCUAUAUGGCCAAGAUCGAUGAGAUAUUCCACGCGAAACUACUGGAUGACACAUCCGGUGAUGUCCGGUCUGUGGCAUUGUAUGGCCUGGGAGGAAAGAAGUCACAAGAAUUGGAUGCUAUAUUUUGGGUGCACAGCCAGACUUCCACUGCCAUAGCGCAAAGCUUCAGCGAAAUUGCCAUCAGACUACAAAUUCCUAACGCGAAGCCUCAACAGCAUACAGAGAACCGUGUUCUCGUCCUCAGCUGGUUACAAAGAACAGUCGCGAAGUGGCUAAUUAUCUUCGAUAAUGCCGAAGAUGCUAACCUUUUACUGGAGUACUGGCCCAUGGCUUCUCGUGGUUCCAUAAUUAUCACCACCAGAAACCAUGCCCUUGCUUUCGAGCCAGCCGAGGCCGGAAUUGAAGUGGCUCACUUUGAUCCCUCGGAGGGGUCUGGAUUCCUGAUUCAUUUACUCUCAAUGGACAUCGCUAACGAUCUCAACAACGCUGAGACACAGUCUGCCUUGGAACUGUCGGAAAGACUGAGUGGACACGCCCUGGCUAUAAGUCAGAUGGCCGGCCUCAUACACAGACGAGCUUGGUCCAUUGGCGAUUUUAUCCGGAUGUACGACAAAAACAUGCAGAAAUUUCUCACAUCGACAGGACGCGGUGCAGGACUGGAUACUGUCUGGAAGCUCUCGUUCGAAUCGCUCGACCGACCUGCUUUUAGUUUGCUUGGCAUAAUGUCAUGGUUGAUGCCUGAUGAGAUUCCAUACGCAUUGUUCGAAACUUCGAAUCCGUCGAAUCUCCCAGAAUCACUUAGCUUUCUGUUGGACGAAUUUGACUUCUCGGAAGUUGUCGAAACGCUACUGAACCUGUCUCUCAUCAAGAAAGACCGAACAACCCGCAAUUUUUCUUUGCAUCGCCUGGUGCAGACUCAAUUCAGGUAUCACAUGAGCGUGGCAGAUCGUCAGGAAUCCUUUGGGAAUGCCGCCAAGCGACUCAAUGCCGUAUUUCCAGCGAAGCCGAGAGUGAUAGGUCAGAUGUACAAUCUGUGGGAGAGAUGUCAAAAGUACCUUCAACACGUCCUAAGCCUCGUCGAGCAGUACAAAAGAGAAAGCGUUGGCCAGCAGCCUCUCAAACCUACUCUGGAUUUUAUUCAAUUGGCUACUCACUGUGCAAGGUAUCUUCUCGAGAUUGGAUCAUACGUGGAGCUGGCGAACAUUGUCAACGUCGCCCGCGACAGCUACAACGCUUGGGACGAUAGAGCUGAAAAUCCGCUUAUGCUUGCUCUUAUCUUGGUGCCAACGAGUACUAUGUGGCUACACAGAAGUGACCUUGAGCUUAGUGAGAACUUGCUCAAAGACGUGAUAGGCUUGUAUGAGACGUACGGGAGCUCUGAUCCAAUCAACUUCAUUGGACCAUAUAACAACAUGGGAAAUGCCACGGCAUCGACAAACAAGUACGAUGAGGCCGUCGAAUGGUAUACAAAGAAACCUGGAGUCCUCCGAAAACUGGGCUAUGCUCGCAUUAGAUUGACCAUUGACAUCAGCACUCACUUCGCCAUUGGUAACUUUUACUUUCGCAACGGCGAGUAUUCCUCUGCAAAACAAAGCUUCGAGGAAGCAAGGGAUGUGUGGACGCAACAUGAUCACGCACCAACUCAUGUUUUCCAUGGGGCAUGUGUGUACAAAAUCGGCUGCACCGCUCUGGACCUUGGCCAGAAUGAAGAAUCAAUCACCGCCUUGGAACAUGCAGUCGUCAUUUCAGGAGUACAGAAGCAUCAGCUGACCAGCGAAUAUGCAAGGUCUGUGUUCAAGCUUUCAAUGGCGUUGCGCACGAGACCUACUGCACAGCUCGAAGCAGAUUCUUGGAAAAGCGAAGUAGAACGUCUCUACAGAGAGCUCCGCAAAGACACGCUGCCAGAGCAAUUCCUGACAAUGAAAAGGCUUUUGACGACCUUAGAUAUGCAAGUGUAUUUGCCAAGCUCAAGUAGACAAGCCUUCGGACCUAAAUAG